AUGAGCAGCGAGGAAGCUCGUGCUAAAGCCCAGGUGUAAACAAUGAGCAAUUAAACGCUAUUUAUAAAAGACAUGGAGCAGCAAACGUCCUUCGGCAAAACUUAAAUCAAUCAGUCAAGAUGGAGCGCAUCGCCCCUGCGAGUCUUAAUAACGAUGGCGGCGGCGGAGGCGGUAGUGAUGGUGAAAUGAUGCCGGAGGAGCACCUUGGAGAUUCAGAGAAGACCUCCAGGGCACAGGGUGAGCUGGCAGCCUCUGCAAGCCCGCUCUGCUCUCCCAGCCUGGGACACACACCUGUCCAUAGGACCCAAUGGGAAGAGCACCAGAGUGAAGGUGAUUUUGAUGGUGGCUCUCAGGUGGAGAGCAGUGGUGACGAAGAGGAAGGUCUGAAUGAACUGCAAAGGAGAAUGAAGAGGGAGUUUCGCAUGGCCAUGAACACCAACAAAGGCUGUGCUAUAAUGGAGAGAAACAGAAGGAGGAGGAUCACAUUGAGCUGCAGUAAACUGCGCAACUUGCUUCCCAAAAUCCCCGGAAGCCGAGCUGACAUGGUGACGGUUCUAGAGAUGACCAUCGCCUACCUGGAAACCGUCCAGGAGUUGGUCUGCUCGGGAUGUCCGCCAGGGGUCAACCCACAGAUCCUGUGUCCGCCAGAGAAAGUGCAGCGUGGAUGGAUGAUGGAAUCGAUGCUGCGCCGUCCGCUGGGUAAAGCCCGCGCUGGUUACUCAGGUCAACAGGAAACUACAUCCACUACCAGGUGCAGGAGCAGUACCGCUAAAUCUGCUAGAUAACUUUGAGGGUAAGAAGCUAAAUGUGGUUUGCUUGAUGAAACUGACGUUUAUGUAGCAGGGCUUGUGUCUCCUUUGACUAGAGGACUGUGUAAAGGCCUUGAGGUUCAAAUCCACCUUGGGGUUACCUUGGUGCCCUGACAUGACCAGGCAGUUUAAAGGAAAAGCUGUCUUACUGCAGUUUGUGGAAAAAGGUCUUUGAGGCAAGUAAUUAUUGUUUCAGCACAUUCUGAAACCAGGUUAACGAGUCGUUUCCUCAUGCGGAGCAUGGCGUUUUGAAUGGCUGCCAAAACACAAAGUUCACUCAUCAGUUGACUCAAUUGAGAUUGCUUCCCACCGUAGCGGCUCAGUGCUAUAGCAUUUCUCAGAACUAAGACUUCUAAGAAGUGGAAAAGGCAAAAUACGUUUUAAAUGGCUUAAAUGUAAGAACAUUAAAACAUUUGUUAAACUUUAUUAAACCUUAAACAC